AUGAGGUCAGAUCCGGCGUCCCAGGUCGGCCGUGGUUGCGAUUCGGGGCUCACUGACCGUGAGGCCGGGCCCCGGUUUGAGUAUUCGACCGUGGUGUCGAGGUUGAUCAAUUUAUGGAGGUUGGCCGGCUUUUGGCAGCAGCAGCUAAGUCGGGCGUGGUUAGGUAGGAUUUUGCGGGCUGAGCUUGACUUCAAUGACGGUAGUGGCUCAGGUCUUGAUUUGGGGAAUCGGGUUUAUGUGAGGUCGGCCCGGCUAUGGAAGUGGGCCGGCUGUUAUGGCCGAAACUGUUCGGGCUGCAAUUUUGUGGACAACAACAGUGAAGUCGCCCGAGCUGUUGUUUUGGAUGCCAGGCCCAAGCCCAACAGCUGCAUAAUGAAACAUGCGGCCCGCCAAAAAAUCACAACCGGUCCAUCCCAGUUGUUCGCUAUUCGGAAUUGGAGAGUUUGGCUCGACUGUGAUGUUGCCAUUUUUCUUGAUUUUGCCGUUCUUCCAUUUUUAGAAAGGCUGGAAUUUUUUCGGCAAACACCCAAAAGUUCAGUUGCUGUACUUGGUAAAAACGAGAGGAUGCGGUGGCCACUGGCCGCCACAUGCUGUCAGUUUCGGAGGCGGCGAGUGCUGCUCGGGUUUUGCUGUGGAAUUUUUCCUCCGGGCGGCUGGGAUGUGGAUUCGGCUGCAGCUAAGAGGUGAUGUUAGUCGACGCUAGGUUGUUCGCUGGUUGUCGGCUACGCUGAGUGUUUGUCCCAUUUUUGUUGCGUU